AUGAAAAAAUAAAAUAUAAUCCUUGUUGCUAUUGUUGUCUUCGCCUGUGCCUCCUUUAUUUAAACCAAAAAUGUUGGAUAGCUAGAGAUUAUUAAGAAAUACUGCUCUGAAUAAUUGAAAAAUUGUACUAACAACAAGGCUUGUUCUUAAGCUAUAUCAAAAUGCUAAAAUCAGAAUGACAUCACCAUUGUUGAUUGCCUACAAUAAUGCAAUAGCUUUUAUGCUUAAGAAAUCACUAAAUGCCAUAAUGAAAAAGCUAAAAAUCUUAACUAGCUUGACAUCAUUUAGAGAUUUUGCUCUGUACAAUUGAACACUUGCAUCUAAGAUAGAGUUUGUUACAGAUUACUCAAUGAUUGUGAAUCUAAAGACGACAUCUCUGUUAUUGAAUGUCUAUAAUAAUCAAACAGUCUUUAUGCUAACUAAAUCACCUAAUGUCAUGAUGAAAACUCUGAUAAUUGA